ACACUACGGCUACACAUGGUACUGCAGCUCACAUUCAAAACAAUGAACGAGCAUUAGUUUAAAAGUGAAUAUUUCAACAAUUUGGCGACAUGUUCGUGCUGGCGGAGCUGAAGGACAAUGUGAGGAUUGCGCCGGACCAGUUCAAUCUGAAGUUGGUAGACGCAGUGCGCGACGAGAUCGACCGAAAGCUGGCCAAUAAGGUCCUUCUUAACGUGGGAUUAUGCAUUGCGCUGAAGGAUAUUGUUUCACUGAAGGAUUCCAUCAUCCUGCCGGGAGACGGAGCCUCGCACACGGAGGUGUUGUUCCGGUAUGUGGUCUUCCGGCCGAUGGUGGGCACUGUGAUUACCGGAAAGAUUCGAAACUGCAGCCGAGAAGGAGUCCAUGUGACACUUGGUUUCUUCGACGACAUCCUCAUUCCGCAUGCCGCCCUGCAGCAUCCCUCGCGCUUCGAUGAGGCCGAACAGGCCUGGGUUUGGGAAUAUCCGCUCGAGGACGGCGCCAAACACGAUCUCUUCAUGGACGUUGGCGAGCCCAUCAAGUUCCGCGUAUCACGGGAGAUCUUCGAAGAAACAUCGCCCAUUGGACCGCCGAAAGCUGAGGCUCAGACUCAGCAGGGAGCUAGCUCAUCCGCUGCAGUCGCAUCAGCUACCUCCCAAGAAGUGAAGACACCGUACAGGAUUAUUGGUGCCAUUAACGAAUCCGGCCUAGGCGUGCUCUCCUGGUGGGAUCAGCAGGGCAAGGACGAUGAGCAGGACGACGAGGAGGACGAAGAGUACGACGACGAAGAUGGCGAGGGCGCAUGCGAAGAAUGAUCCUGACGCCUAAUCCAUUGUAUGAUAGUUGCCACUUACAUUAGGGUUAAGAAUUUGAUUUAAGAUGAAGUAAUGACUAAAAUGAUUGAUUUAAGUCUGAUUAGAUCACAGCGUUUUUUUAUGAUUUUCAGACCAGAGCAGAUAUGAUACCAUACAAUACCAUAAAAACACAAUUAAAUUCA